AUGACUGUAACAAAGAACGUGGCUCUUGCCAAUAUGGGCUUGAAAACAUUGGGUUACGUUGGAUUGAACGCUCAUAGCUACAAUUUUGGUUAUGGCAUCUCAGUUUUUGUAAGUUUACUACGCGUAGUUUACGUUGUUUUGAUCGUUUUAUUGGUGGCUGAGAAUUAUAAUAACAUCGAUGUAAUUAUGGAUGCAGCAGAAGCCUUUUCUUCGUACAUGCAGGGUGGAACUAAGCUGGUUGUCAUAUUAUUCUACCUUCCAAACAUGAGUUGGCUUGUGAAUCAAGUGGAGCAUUUCUGGGAGGAUUUACCUAAUUCUAAGAAGGAUGAGUACAAGCUUUGGUUCCGAGCUUUUCCUAUCUACGAACGCACUUUCUUCGUCACCUUAACACUUUUAUAUGUGCGUUCCAUCGUGAGCAAAGAUCUGGUUUUCGUAUGCAAAAUCCCUGAUUUUCCUCACGCCUUCGCCAUCCUCUUAAUCGGCCAAUAUUUUGCCUUCACCUGCGAUUGCAUCUACGUCGUUGGUCUGGACGUCUUCUUCAUGUCUUUAUGUAUCCUCAUCAAGAGGCAGUUCAUGCUAAUCCGAGACGCCUUAUUGCUUUUGGAUGAUGAGACGAAUGAAGCUAAAAUUGCAGCCAAUUUGAAGAAUUGCAUCAAACACCACAUUUUUCUUCUCGAGUACACCACUUUCUUCAGCGAGACGUUCAAAAGCGCGUUACUCCUUCAAUAUUUGCUCAGCACCUACAGCAUUUGCAUCCAGUUGUUCAUUCUAACAGAAAGAAACACCAUUCCUGCUGUAGCCACCAGCUGUUUCUACAUGAUAUGCGUGUCUAUCCAAUUGGCUCUCUACUGCUUUCCUGCUGACGAUCUAUCGGAAGUCGCUUCCGAAGUAUCGAACUUCAUUUACAGCACAAAGUGGUACAAUAAUUCGAAUCAUCUUCAGAAGUACAUACCGACGAUCAUCUGCAGAUCGCAGAAGGCGCCGUACUUCACCGCCGGUGGUAUGAUCUUCAUCAACAAAGCUGCAUUUACAACUGUUUUCAAAAGCGGUUUAUCCUUCUACACGGCCGUCAAGAAUUUCAAAAAUUAA